AUGUUCUUUUGUACUUUUAUUCUCUGGAUCCUGCAGAUUCCCAACCUUGUGUAUACCUAUAGCAACGAUGAGUGUUAUUAUAGAAUCAAAGAAGAUUUUCACCAAGAAGGAGAUGUGGUCAUUGCUGCAUUUUUCCCAAUACACACUUUCUACACAGGCAACAAAAUUCCACACCCACAAAUGACAAACUAUUUUAAGGAUUUUUACUUACAGUAUAAGUUUAAGAACUAUCAACUUCUCCUGGCACUUAUGUUUGCAAUCGAAGAAAUCAACAGGAAUCCUCAUCUUUUACCCAACACAUCUCUGGGAUUUGAUUUCUAUAACAUUCCAUACAAUGACAUACAAAUUUUGAUGAAUGUUUUUGUUUGGCUCACAGGGCUGAGCAAUCCCUUUUGUAAUUACAACUGUAGAAAAAAGAGCAAGUCAGCAGCUGUUCUCACAGGGACAUCAUGGACAACAUCUGCCCAUAUUGGGACACUGUUGCAACUCUACAAAUUCCCACAACUUACAUUUGGGCCUUUUGAUCCCGCACUGAGUGACCGCAGUCAGUUUAGCUUUCUCUAUCAGAUGGCUCCCAAGGACACGUCUCUUUCACUUGCCAUGGUUUCUUUGAUGCUUCGUUUCAGCUGGAACUGGGUUGGUCUGAUUUUUCCAGAUGACCACAGAGGGAUUCAGAUUCUAUCAGAUUUAAGAGAAAAGAUGGAGAGUAAUAAAAUCUGCACAGCUUUUGUUGAAAUGAUCCCACGCACCCGGAACUCAUUUUCCAAAAACUAUUGGAAAAAUAUAGAGAAGGUCCAAGAAUCAUUGGCCAAUGUCAUCAUCAUUUUUGGUGACAUUGAUUCUUUACAAGGUUUAAUGCGAGCUAUAGGACAACAGUUUACAAGGUGGAAAGUAUGGGUCAUGAACUCUGAGUGGGAUGUUACAAACCAUGCUGAUUAUUUCCUGUUAGACUCAUUCCAUGGGAGUUUCAUUUUUUCACACCACCAUGAGCAGAUUGUUGGGCUUAUAGAUUUUAUCCGAACAGUUAACCCUUACAAAUACCCAGAAGACAACUAUCUUCCUAAGUUGUGGUUUUUGUUUUUCAAGUGUUCGUUUUCUCAACUUGAUUGUAAACUUUUAGAGAACUGUGAACCCAAUGCUUCCUUGGAACUAUUACCUAGACACAUCUUUAAUGUCGCUAUGAGUGAGGAGAGUUAUCACAUAUACAGUGCUGUGUAUGCUGUGGCACACAGUCUCCAUGUGAUGAGUCUUCAGCAAGUACAAAUGCAACCACAUGCAAAUGCUGAAGAAAUGUUUUUUUCCUCCAGGCAGCUUCACCGUUUCCUGCAAAAGACUCAUGCUGGAAAUAACAUUGAUUUAAAGUGGAAACAGAAGUUGAAUGUGGAGUGUGACAUCCUGAACUUCUGGAAUUUUCCAAAGGGUCUUGGACUAAAGGUGAAAGUAGGAACCUUUUCUCCAAAUGCUCCCCAGGGUCAACAGUUAUUAUUAUCUGAGCAGAUGAUACAAUGGCCAGAAGUUUUUUCAGAGGUUCCUCAGUCUGUAUGCAGUCAGAGCUGUCAGCCUGGAUCCAGGAAGGUCAUCAAGGAAGGAGAACCUCUCUGCUGCUUUUAUUGUACCCCUUGCCCAGAAAAUGAGAUUUCUAAUGAGACAGAUGUGGAUCAGUGUACGAAGUGUCCAGAAAGUCACUAUGCGAACACAGAGAAGAAUCACUGCCUCCAGAAAGCUGUGAGUUUUCUAUCCCAUGAAGACCCUUUGGGGAUGGCUCUUACCACAAUAGCCCUGUGCUUUUCCCUUUUCACAGCCAUGGUUCUUGGUGUCUUUGUGAAGCAUAGGCACACUCCCAUUGUCAAGGCCAAUAAUAGAACCCUCAGUUACAUACUGCUUAUCACACUCUGUAUAUGCUUCCUUUGCUCCUUGCUGUUCAUUGGCCAGCCCAACAGAGCCACCUGUAUACUGCAGCAAACCCUAUUUGGAGGUGCAUUCACCAUGGCUCUUGCUACUGUCUUGGCCAAAGCUAUUACUGUGGUUAUUGCCUUCCGGGUUAGUUUUCCAAGGAAAGUGAUGAGGUGGCUAAUGGUAUUAAACGCCCCAAACUUCAUAAUUCCCAUCUGCACCUUGAUCCAACUUGUGUUAUAUGGAAUAUGGAUGUCAACCUCUCCUCCCUUUAUUGACCAAGAUGCUCAUGCAGAACAUGGACACAUCAUCAUUGUGUGCAACAAGGGCUCAGCAGUUGCCUUCCACUGUGUCCUGGGAUGUUUGUGUUCCUUGGCAUUUGGAAGUUUCAUCAUGGCUUUCUUGUCCAGAAAUCUUCCUGACACAUUCAAUGAAGCCAAAUUCCUCUCAUUCAGUAUGCUGGUAUUCUUUUGUGUAUGGGUCACAUUCCUUCCUGUCUACCACAGCACAAAGGGGAAAGUCAUGGUGGCCAUGGAAGUCUUGUCUAUCUUGGCCUCCAGUGCAGCACUCCUUGGUUUCAUCUUUGCCCCUAAGUGCUAUAUUAUUCUGUUCAGACCAGAGAAGAAUACACUGUACCAUAUCAGGAACAAAACAUAUUCCAGAAUUAGUAAAUCCCUCAAGACCUAGUUCAAAAAAUAUACU